UGUGAACAGGAGUUCUAGCUAGGCACUAGGACCCUGCAGGUGCAGCAGAUAUUUUCAGUAAUGUGCAGUGCAGGCGCGUUCACAGGAGCUCGAGGGCAGCUGCUACAGCGUCCCUCUCGCGCAGCUGCUCCACAAUCUUCAAAACACUGAUCGUGCAUACGGAUCCAAAAACAUAGUCUGGGAUCAUCGUUCCUGGCUUCGCGACGCAGCGCAACAUCGCUCCACAUCACCGGCGCAUCCAGCCGACAUGGCCUCAUCCGUGAGCGGAGCGGAGGACGGGCGCGUGUCGGCGUUGACGCCCCUGAAGUUGGUGGGUCUGGUGUGUAUUUUCCUCGCGCUGUGCCUGGAUGUUGGGGCCGUGCUGAGUCCGGCGUGGGUCACCGCGGAUGACCAGUACCACCUGUCCCUGUGGGAGUCGUGCAGGAAGCACGCUGCCUCCGUGGACUGGCAGUGCGACAGCACGCUGGGGCAGAAAGGGACCGACUGGCAGAUCGCCACAUUGGCCUUGUUGUUGGGUGGAGCAUUCCUUAUCCUCCUUUCCUUCCUGGUGGCCCUGGUGUCUGUCUGCAUUCGCUCCAGGAGACGCUUCUACCGACCGGUCGCUGUUAUGCUCUUUGCUGCAGUGGUCCUACAGGCCUGCUGUUUGGUGCUGUAUCCCAUCAAGUUCAUCGAGACCAUCAGUUUGAGAAUAUACCACGAGUUUAACUGGGGCUACGGUCUGGCUUGGGGAGCCACCAUCUUCUCCUUCGGAGGAGCGAUUCUCUACUGCCUGAACCCUAAGAACUACGAAGAUUACUACUAAACAUGCUACAACACCGACAAUGCACUUCAAUGUCCUCUUCACUGUUGUGAUAGCAGCUCAUGCACUGAACGUUCAUUCGGAACUGACCCUUGACUUUGCAAACACACAAAGACCCUUAAAAUGCAGGGCAAUGCCGAGCUGCUAGAUGCAUAGAUUUUGAUCCCUUUUCCCUCAGAUUACUCUUUCACGCAAUUAAACGCUAUCAUCAAACUCUCA